UUCUGUUCUCCGCCUUCUCCUCUUUGGGGGUUCCUGUUCUUGAUCGGUUCUCCGGCCCCAAGUGACCGCUCGCCGGUGUUCCUAGGGUUUGGCGUUCCCUGGGUUUCCUUCCGCUCAUUCCGUGGAACACCAUGGAUCUUUCGCCGGGCACCGAGGUCUCGUUGGGCCUCCCGGUGUCCGUCGAGAGCCUGAGCCCGAAGCUCCUUGUCUCCGAGGACACCCGCCGCCGUCUUCAAGAUCAGAUCUUUGUUUUGGAGGACCGCCUCAAGGAGUCCAGCAAGAGAUUAGAGCAGUCCAGGGCCGAGUCGAAUAUGAACGCCCAGGGAGUGAGGAGGUGCGUGGAGGAGAAGGAGGUGAUUGUAUCGCAGUACGCUGAUCUGGUGAAUCACUGCCGCAAGUUGGAGGAGGAGUGCUCUCUGUACGAGCGCGACUUGGAGAGGAUAUUGGAAUCUUGUGAUGAGUUAGCGAAGGAGAACGAGGAGUUGCGGGCACAGCUGCAGCACAUUUCUAGCCUAGAAUCAUUGGCUGCUGAAGCUGAAUCCUUGAAGAAGGACAAGGAACAUUUGAGGACAAAUCUCCACAGAGCUGAAGAGGAGGUCAAGGUUUUCUUUGAAGAAAACAAAAUUCUGGAUGAAGAGAACAAGAAACUGCUGGAAUUACUAAGAAAAGAAAGGCGUCGUCAAGGAUCCGACAGCCACCCAGGCUCUGCCACACCUUCUGCUAAGGGAAAACGUAAGUCGAGUGGCAAAGAUUGUACUAAUCCCCGGGGCUGAUGAUCCAUCUUGGUGCAGCUGUUGUCAUCUCUUCAUCAGAACUCUCCUGAUUCUAGAUUGCACAAGUAAGUUAAAAAAAAAAAAUGCCGAGUAGCCAGCCAUUCCUCCCAUCCUCGAGCUAUGCUACUGCAACCAGCUGCACACAAUCCAACAGCUCUCGUUGUUGUAUGAAGCUUUUGAACUUGGGAUACCGGUUCGAAUUGCCCCUUUCUGUUUCUUUCUAAUUAGGCCAUCUUUUUGCUGACCCUUCAAAUUUCUCACAUCAACUUCAAACCAGCUUCAUAUUACAAUGACCAUUCAUCAAAUGGUUCUGUUUGUUUCAUCCAGUGAAGCUCUUCCUAAUAUUCCAACCUAUAUAUCAUCAACAUUCGGCUGUAACCAGACACGAAUAAAGGUUCAUACUCUGUUUUCGGUGUCUAUAAUAAUACAACCUAGUGAUCGGCGUUUUAAGUCACAGAAGUCUCUUCUUUUUAUUUAUUAGAUCAAGAGGAGAAAAUUGAGAAUGAAGGUGGAAAGACGGCUCUCCGUCUCAUUACUCACAAAAUUGCCACCACUCUUCGUACCCCACUCGCCCCGCUGCGGCUCCAUCGAGUACCACCACAAGAGGAAGCGAGACGGGUCGCCUCCGAUUGAUCCCCUUCUCCGCCUCGUCGACCUGUCUCUCCGGAGGCGGUGGAGAAGUCGGCCUAGAAUGGCAGCGUGGAUGUGUGCUCGACCUCCGCGGCACCUCCACACCGUCAAGGCGACAUCCGCAGCGGCUGCCGCUCGCAUCGCGUGGAUCGAGCACCGUGGCGGUCGCAGGAACAGGCUGUGGGGAUCUCUUUAAAAUUUACGGGAAAGCCACUCUCGUCGUGAGGGAGUGGCAUUCCUCAGCCUAACGGGAGAUGGGUUACAUUGCGGAUCCGGAUCACAAAAUGUGUAACCCGAGUCCGAAUGGGCCUGGUCCAGAGUCGGAGGUAAUGAUUUGGAAACUUGGGUUCGGGGACUCUAGUGGGUAGAGACUGAAACUUUUUAAUGGCCCUUUCAUCCACCAACCAACCCACCAUUCAACUCCAGAAAAGACCGUCGGUUUUUUCUGGAGAUGUAGAAGAACCGUCCUGCUAGCUCGACAUGAAACAUGCGUUCAACCACAGAGGCAACGAUGCUCCGCAACUCCAAGGCCGAGCUGUGGGACCGGAGUCCAAACAUCUGCAGCAGCAGCAGCAGCAGCAGCAAGCUAUAAAAAAACAUACAAUCCACAAUGUAUUUGCAGAAGAGACGACUCAACAGAGACCAUCAAUUCUGCAAGCUUUCAAUUUUCAAUCAGGCAGGAUACCCACAAAUUAAAGAGUGUGGACUUGGCCACCAACAUGUCUUCGUACAGAAAGACCUAAAUUGAACCUUUUCUAGCACCACAAAAGGCAGAUAAACCACAGAGAAUUACACUGCUCAUUGUGGAAAAAUACUAACUGCCAUUACCUGAAUUACAUAGGUCACUGCAUUAAUUGUAUAGAACGUUGGUCUAAGCCCAUCAGUAGAUACAGAACGUGCCUGCAAAAUACCAUUAAGAAAAAGAAAUGAGCACAAUUCCCCAACUGGCAUUUUGUAAACAAGUCAAAUAUUUAGAUUACCAACCUGAUAGUAUAUUUCCGCCCAAAAUAAAACCAGUAGAGCAUAGGUAGUGAAGAAUGCAAGACCAGGCAAAUCCAGAAGAAUAUGUCGAAUUAUCUGAAACCCCAUCAAAUGCCAUUAGAAUAGUUUAAGAACCAUCAAGUAUUCUGAAGAACAAUAGGAUAAAUGAAGCACAUUACAGGG